AUGUCCUACAAACAAUUCCACAUCUCCGAACAACCCGGAUGUCACCACUACAACGUAACAACCACAGACCUGGCCGGCGAUAAACAGCACUUCUUCCUCGAAAACUCACCGUUUGACAGAUCCCAACCCGAUCUCCGCAUGCACAUAGGCCCCGAUAUCACGGGUCCCGUCAUCGGUGUAUCCCGAUACAAGCGCUUCUCGCAAGAUUGUCAGAUUUCCCUUCUCGACAGCGAUGAGGAUGUCGAGAAGUUCGCGAGUAACUGGGAGAAUGUCCAUCUAGCGAAGAAGGGGUAUCUAUCGCCGAGUUUCGCGUUCCAAGCACAGAGAUAUGGUGAAAUGGCCCGAUUUGCGUGGAAAAAAACGCGGUCGAUGGGGAGUCAUGCUACGCCACUGGGGAAUUUGAAGUUAGUUGAUGAGUCGAGUGAUGAGGUGUUGGCGGUGUUUUCGUCCGAGUCGUAUUCGUUGGUACCUGGUUCUGUGGAGAUGUGUGGGGAGUUUGGGGAGGAGUUUGAUCGGUUAGCCCUGUUGACGGGGGUGUCGGUUCGAGAAAAGCAACGACGGGCGCAGAGUAGACAGAUGAGGCAUGGGGCGGAUUAUGUAUUUACGGCUGGGGCGGCGGGGGGUGGGAUGGGGAUGGGUGGGGGUUGUUGA